AGGCUGUCUGACGUCACUUCGUGCAUGCGAACUUGCUCGAAUGCUUAUCUCACGAACGGCUCAUUUGUCAACAAAGAAGUCUUUCCUAACUUUGGGAUGUCAAACACUACACAAUGCGUACUAUCUGUGUUGAACUAGAUGCUGCUGCCAAUGCCUUGGAUUUAAGUCCAGACAAUCUGCAAGUUGUCAUUGCAGGCCGCCAUGUAUUCAAGAUCUAUUCCCUAGAAGAAGAUGACUUGGUUGAGAAAGCAAAUCUCCGUGCUGGGAAAAACCCAAAUCUCAAUUUUUCCUGUAAUGAUGUUGUAUGGAAUCCUAUUGAAGAUAGUGUUCUUGCAACUGCUGCUACUAAUGGUGCUGUUGUGACAUGGAAUCUAAAUAAAUCAUCCAGAUCCAAGCUUGAUUGUGUCUUUAAUGAUCACAAACGAACAGUUAAUAAGGUAAGUUUUCAUCCAAGUGAGCCACACCAACUGAUCUCAGGCUCGCAGGAUGGCUUCAUGAAGCUUUUUGAUCUUCGUCGCAAAGAAGCAGCAUACACUUUCACAAGUAAUGCAGAAAGUGUUCGAGAUGUGCAGUUCAACCCUCAUUUAAACAUGCAAUUUUGUGCUGUGGCCGAGAAUGGUAAUGUGCAGCUGUGGGACAUGAGAAGGACAGACCGCAUGGAAAAACAGUUCACAGCUCAUGGAGGACCAAUCUUUGCUCUAGACUGGCAUCCAGAAGUGAAAACAUGGAUAGCAACAGCUGGAAGAGACAAAACUAUUAAGGUGUGUGAUGUGUAUGAAGUACCAAAUGUGCGUCACACAAUCCAGACUAUUGCAUCAGUGGGACGUGUGAAGUGGAGACCUAAUGCCAAAUAUCACAUUGCGAGCUCAGCCCUUAUCUGGGACUGCAGCAUCAAUGUGUGGGAUAUCCGGAGGCCUUAUAUACCAUUUGCAGCUUUUAAUGAACACAAGAAAUUAACAAGUGGCAUUGCAUGGCGAGGAGAUCCAAACAGUUUGCUGUCUGUUGGCAGGGACUGCUUGAUCCACCAUGCCUUUAAAGACGCCACACGACCAAUGGAGAAAGUGAAUCCUGUUGGCCUGGACAUCAGUGUGCAUGGCAACAUUUCAAACGCAACUCGUAUCAAAGAAGACUCAGAACCACAAGGCGCUUUAGCCAAAUUACCUAUGUUUAGGAAAUCUCCUGCUAUGAACGAGCAUUAUGGCCAAGUGUUAUCAUCUGUCCACAUGAUGCUGUGUGAGGAAGAAGGUCCAGUAUCACCUUAUCACUUGGUCCAGUCGGCCAAGAAUUAUCUUCUGACUGGGAAAUCUUUGGCUGAAAUAUGUGAGCACAAUGCUGCGGUGGCCAAGAAGCUGAACAGACCACAGAUUGCUUUGACUUGGCAGAUGUUGCAACUGUUGUAUGUAGGUGCAGUUGGGGGUAUCGAUCCUUUGAUAGGAAUCCAGUCUUCAUCAAGGGAUGAUCCGGCAAUUCAGCCAGACACUAGUAUGGAAAAUGAUCAGAGAUCUUCACGCCACUAUUCAGGAGGCGAUGGAGGAGGAGACACAUCUGGUGGAGGCUUUAGUGCAGAAGAAGGAGAUACAGAGACGGAUGAUACUGAUAACCAUGAUCUUAAGCUCACCCAUAUAGCAAGUGGCAUGACCAUCAAUCAAGACUUUUUCUUUGGAGAUGGGGAAAUCAAUCAAAUGCCUUUCGACUAUGACAACCUGAAUAACUUUGAUACAAGUCAAGACUGGACUCUGCCCAAUGAGGCAUUCCAGCCUCGCCAUGAGAUCCUCUAUCCAUCUGCCAUGCCGCCACAAGAGUACCAUUCCAAAUGCUCCCCAAGAGAAAUCCAGGAGUCAGGUACUGCAACAGGAUACAUUGUUGAACCACAAUCACUCCUAAGUGAGGUGAAAGCACUAGGAACUCCAGCAUGGGAAUGCUCUGAUCUUGUGGUGAAGAUGCUUUACCAUUAUGCCAGUAAUGGGGAUGUCCAAAUGUCUGUUACCUGUGUCAUUGUGCUUGGUGACAGGCUGAAGGAACAUCUUGACAAGGACCAAGUUGAACACUGGUUUCUGUCAUAUAUUGAUUUACUUCAGCGAUUCCAGCUUUGGAAUAUUGCCAAUCAAGUCAUCCAACUGGCAGAAUACACAGGUUUGCCAGUUGUUCAGCAGCAGAACCAGCAGUCCACAACCAUUGCCCUUCAGUGUGGGCAGUGUGGGUCCAUUGUAUCAAGGAACAGUCUUUUCUGCAGGAAGUGUGGUUGUCCAACAUCAGCCUGUGCAGUAUGCCAUGGUAUGGUGAGAGGACUGUUUGUAUGGUGCCAGGGAUGCUCCCAUGGGGGCCAUCUGAACCACAUGAUGAAGUGGGUGGCCAACAAUAAGUCAUGUCCUGCAGGAUGUGGCCAUCUGUGCGAGUACGCUUGAGUACAUACUUAAUUGUGAAUUUUAGAUUCUCCAUAUCUUUUAUGUUGAAACUUAUUUCAGAAUCUGAAGUAUAUAUAUUUAUUUUUUAUUUUUUCAUGUUGUGAGAAUACAGUGGGCAUUAACAUUCAGUUGCACUGAAAGUUUUAAGAAAUUACCUAAGAAAUUGUUAUAUUGGAGUGAAAUGUUUAUGAUUUGCAAAGUUACCAUUUCCCUUUCCUUGUUACAGGAGAUGUAUUGAGUUCCUAUGUAUUGUAUUGUACUGUAUAUAUAUCUGUAUAUAUUUGAUAGAAGUACAUUUUGAAAACCAUUUUAUAUUAAAAUUAUAUGUAUAUAAA